AUGAAGUACGCGGACGACCCUAAACCCAGGCAUUCAAUCUCCAAACCUCCUCAGAACGUAUACAAUCGACGGAUCGAUGUUAACAAGACUAAGCAUUGUAAUCCUCCUAAACAGGUCGGCGACAACAAGAGGCUGUGUGACACUGCGGGCUGCGGGAAAGGGACAGAGAACAAAUUGUUAUUGCAGAUCAGCGAAGCCGAACAAGUGACAGACUUUGAAAGGAUUCUUAAUUCUAAUGCAAUACUGUGCCAGCGAGUGCGCAGCCACGUGUGGCAUGGAUGUGCCGCUCCGCAGAAGCGCUCAGCGUCUGUGUUGCCGAGGCCAAAGUCAGCCUACUCUCUCUACACCGUAAGUCAGGCCUACCACUACUUGUUUCGUCAACACGAAGAAUCCUUAGAACCGCUCAUUGAACAAUACCGUCAGUCGGUCGCUGAGGAAAAGAAACCCCCAACCAGUAUAUUAGAAAAGAACUGGUUCGAAAACCUCCAGGAUUUGUCAGAAUAUUACGAGGACGACGAAGAAUUACAAGAAGAAGUAGAAACUAUCACAGACCGUAUAGUUGCAGAAGAAGUUAAAUCUGUAGAGGAACAUUACCAAGCAGGCAAAAGGAACAAGAAUUUCAACGUUAAUUUGGCCGACUUGAUUAGCUUGAAUAUAAACGGGGAACGUUUGUCUCCGGGUCGAGAGGAGCACGGCCCAUCACCCGACAUAGAAAAGACAGACGCGGAAAACGAAGAGGAAUGGCUCGCACCGAGUAUGAGCGCAAACUCCGAUGACCGCGAUACUCAGCACGACAACAACGUGGACUGCUUGGCACAAAACUUAGAUUCUGUGAAAAUAGACAGUGAUGCUAAAGUACCGACGAUAACAUUCAGCAAUUGUUGCGACGGUUACGCUAGGAGCGACCUUCCGAACAAUAAAGACGUUGACAUUCAUUUAGCCGUGCCUGCUAUUGACAGCAUUGAUGAGGCUCGCCCUCCGAUGAUGUGA